AUGAGAAAGGUGAUGUCUGACGAUGAGGAUACAAUUUUUACCGUGAAGCUGGAACAACGAUUGAAAAAUUGUGCUGAUUCUAGAAGAAAUCGUAUAAGCCAUUUCGAUGCGAAACCUGCAAAAGGGGAUAUCGAAGAAAAGGAGAUCUGUCACGACAUUCUCGAUAUGAGUGCCAGAAAGAGAAAAUGUUCCAAUUUAAACCAUACCGAUGCGAGAUCUGCAGAAAAAGGGCGUAUGAAACAAAGGGUGCACUGACAAGACAUCAACGUUAUGAGUGUCAGAAAGAGAAAAUGUUUCAAUGUCAAGUAUGCAACAAAUCUUUCCAUCAGAAGAAUUCUUUCAAGAGGCACUGUGAUACGUUCAACCAUUGGAUCUGAAUAUAUCGUACAACUGCGUAUGAUUCACAGAUAGGAUAAUUUCAAAACUGCACAGUAGAUAAUAAGUAAUGCCAAGUAAUAUUCUCGUUUGGACCAAAAACAAGUGCUGGAGGCCAUUACGGCGGAGAACUCAAUUCUAUUGAAUUUUAGCAGAACCCAGGCAUCAUCGAAACCGGAUGAACGAAAGGCUGUUUGUCUGUGUGACGUGUGAAAGAAGAUACAAACGGAAGUACGAACUAACCAGGCACAUAAAUUACGAAUGUCAGAAAGAACCAAUGUUCGAAUGUCACACCUGCUCCAAACGGUUUCAUUAUAAAUAUAGCUGUAAGAAGCAUGUCGCAACCCAGAAACAUUGAAAUAAAUGGAUUAAACUUUGUUUUGUAUUUUUCCCUCAACCUUAUAUUGCUAUUUCCCGCCCUGUAUAAUAAUAGCUACCCGUUUAUUCUAUUGUCUAUGUUACUGAACAGAUAAAAAACCUGAGCUCUGAAGAGUUAUU